GGGCGAGUGGAUUUGUUGUCAGUGUUCGAUUUUCUUCUUGACUGUACCGGCCUGGUUUCACACCCCACUAAAACUAUAAUACAUAAUUUAUCAUGUCAAUGACAUAUAGUGUCCUUUCUGUUUCCUUAACCAGUUGUUUGCGGUACCUAUUUCGACUACCUUGAACACUGGGAACGAGUCAUGACGUCACAUCCGGAUCUUAAUAUUCUCACGGUGUAUUAUGAAAGUCUAAUACAGGACACGGUUAACGAGUUAAAGCGCAUACAGUCGUUCCUCGGCGUAAAGAAUACGGACGAGCGCCUACAGGAAGUGACGUCACGGUGUUCCAUCGGGAACCUGCGAGAUGACGUACAGUCGGGCCGGACACGUACAAUGUUGCUUGACAAGGACAAGAAGCCGUUUAUAUUCAGGAAAGGCAGUAUUGGAGAUUGGCAGAACUAUUUGACGGUCUCCCAGAACGCCAUGUUUGAUCGCGUUAUAAAGGAUCGCGUUGAGAACAGUAUGUUCAAGUUCCAGUACCUACCUAGUGCACCCUCACACAAACUGUAGACACACAGAUUGACUGUCUCUUCGUGGCUAAAAGGGCAUUUUGAUCGUGAUUUUACAAGCUCAUUGUGAACUUUCAUAUUUUAGAUCUUGUACUCCUAAUACACCUGUCAAUUGUAACCACGCCCCCAUAGGUCCGGGGGUAUACCGGGUAUGUGUUAACCUUCC